CGCACCCCCUGCACCCCUCCUGUUUACGGGUCUGGGUACAGCAAUCCUGUUCUGCGAAAACCGUGUAGCAUUAUGGGUAAUCCAAUAUGGCGGCGAAUUUGAAGUUUCGUUCGAAAAAGCCGUCUUAUCAUACUCGAGACUGUCUGCCAUCUGAAGAAAAAACCCGAUCUCAACAAAAGUGCUUCCUACUGCUCCCUGAAUUCCACAGAAUCACUUGGUACUCCAUCACAGCGCUUUGCGCCUUUUUUAGCUACGCAAACAGUCUAUCGUGUGAUCUAGUUCAUGAUGAUAUCUUUGCGAUCAAGGAAAACCCAGACAUUCGACCAAAUGUAUCGCUAUAUGAUGUAUUUAUUAAUGACUUCUGGGGGAAACCCAUGUCUAGUAACACAAGCCACAAGUCGUACAGGCCUCUUUGUGUCCUCACAUUUCGUUUGAAUUUUAUUCUUCAUGGUUUGGAUCCUCUCGGCUAUCAUCUUAUAAAUGUUGUUUGUCAUGUUUUGGUAUGCUUAACCUUCGUACAUUUUGUGGAAAAGCACGUUUGGAGGUGUACUCGGCUGGCUGCAAUUACUGGAGUAUUAUUUGCAUCACAUCCAAUUCACACUGAAGCUGUGACCGGUGUUGUUGGUCGUGCAGAUGUUUUAGCAUGCUUUCUUUUUCUGUUAUCACUUUUAUCAUAUAUAAGGUCACUGAAGAAUGAAAACUCAGUUUUCACAUCAGUCUAUAUUUGGUGUUGUGUUGCUUUGGGUGCGAUGGCCAUGCUGAUCAAGGAACAGGGAAUAACUAUAUUUGGUGUCUGUGUGCUUUAUCAUGCCUUCAUAGAAAAUAGAUUGUGGGAGAGAAUUAUCAAGGGAGAACAAAUCUCAACUGUGCUCAAGUCCUGCAAAUCACUUAUUACCAGGACAUGUCUAUUGAUGCUUGUGGUUACCUGUCUGUUGGUUUUCCGGUUAUGGAUGUUGGGAGGAAGUCUACCAAAGUUCACUACACAGGAUAAUCCUGCUUCCUUUUCAGAUUCUCUGCUCACACGAGUGCUCACCUACUGUUACUUGUUUGCAUUUAACCUGUGGCUUCUUCUAUCACCCUACAAGCUCAGUUAUGAUUGGCAAGGCGGAAGCAUACCAUUGGUGGAGACAGUAUGGGACCCACGCAACCUAGCAACCAUUGCAUUCUUUUCCCUGAUUGUGCUGUUGCUAUGGUUCUCUUUGUUAUCCCAAGAAGGAGAGAAAGAAGACCAACAAGUUGUGUUCAUCAGCUUGUUAUUGAUGAUAGUGCCUUUUCUACCAGCAUCAAAUCUUUUGUUCAGAGUUGGGUUUGUGGUCGCAGAGAGGAUUCUUUAUAUACCAAGUUUAGGCUUCUGUCUCCUUGUUAUUCAUGGUGCAAACAAGUUGUGCCAAUGGUCACAUCAACACAAGCCUGGCCAGAGAUCUGCAACCAUUCCAAGCAAACUUAUUACCUUUUUCCUGAUCCUGUUGAUAGUGCUGUUUUGCUGGAAAACCGUGGAUAGAAAUCAUGUGUGGAAAAAUAGGGAGACACUUUUCAGAUCUGGAGUAGAGACUCUACCUCAUAAUGCAAAGGUGCACUACAACUAUGGGAACUUCCUCAAAGAUAUUGGUGAUAUAGAGGCUGCAAAACACCAUUAUGCUAUUUCACUCAAGCUUGAGCCAAACUAUGUCAGUGCGUAUAACAACCUUGGUACUUUACAGGAGAAUGACGAGGAGGCUGUACAACUUUUCCAGGCAGCAAUCAAGCAUGACCCAGCCCAUUCAAAUUCAUAUUUCAACUUGGGUGUUCGUUUUGGAAAUCUUGGUAUGCUGGACAAAGCAGAAAGUGCUCUUCAAGAAGCCAUCAGACAACGGCCUGGGUACCUGGAUGCCAUGAUGAAUCUUGCAGGCAUUCUGAGUGAUCAAGGAAAAAAAGUGAAAGCCGAUGAAAUCUACCGUCAGGUGAUUGACAUGUCGCCUAGCAACGCUGAUGCCUACAAUAACUAUGGUGUCUUUCUUGCUAAAAUAGGUGAUAUUAAUGGCGCCCUGGCACAGUACCAAAAGGCCAUCAAGUUAAAUUCUGCGCAUUCAGUGGCGUAUGUGAACAUGGCGCGUCUGCUGAGAAGCCAGGACCGAGUCAAGGAGGCGGAAAAUGCAUACAAAAGGGCGCUGUCGAUUAAGAGGGAGGGUACCACUCUCCAACUACUAGGUGUACUGUACUACAAUACUGAGCGGCUAGAAGAGGCCGAGAGAGCCUGGAAAGAGGCUUUAAUGCUGAGCCCGUCUGACGAGGAAACCCUAUCUAACAUGGUGGUCCUAUUAAGUCGCACAGGGAGACUGGCUGAGGCAAUUCUCAUGUGUAAAUCACUUGUCAAACAACAUCCAAAUAAGCCCUCUCACUCUAAAUACCUGGCAAACGUGCUCUCCCAGGCCGGAAGAACUCGCGAGGCGGUUGACGUCAUCAACAGAGCCUUGUCACGUGCCCCCGAUGCCGACCUGUACUAUCACCAUGGCAACCUGAUGAAAGACAUGAAUGAGAUGGAAGGAGCAAAGCAGAGUUUCAUAAAGGCACUUCAGCUGGAUAGCACACUUCCGAGUGCGCACAUGAACCUUGGCGUAAUAUAUCACUUGGAGAAAAAUUUCAUAUCAGCCAGAAGACACUACGAAGAAGCUUUGAAGCUAGAUCCUGAUAACACUGUACUACGACAGAAUUUAGCCAAGUUGGACAGGGCUUCGGGUAGAGCCGACAGAAUUUAGCCAAGCUGGAAAGGGCUUCUGCUAGAGUAGACAGAAUUUAGCCAAGUUGGAAAGGGCUUCGGGUAGAGUAGACAGAAUUUAGCCAAGUUGGAAAGGGCUUCGGGUAGAGUAGACAGAAUUUAGCCAAGUUGGAAAGGGCUUCGGGUAGAGUAGACAGAAUUUAGCCAAGUUGGAAAGGGCUUCGGGUAGAGUAGACAGAAUUUAGCCAAGUUGGAAAGGGCUUCGGGUAGAGUAGACAGAAUUUAGCCAAGUUGGAAAGGGCUUCGGGUAGAGUAGACAGAAUUUAGCCAAGUUGGAAAGGGCUUCGGCUAGAGUAGACAGAAUUUAGCCAAGUUGGAAAGGGCUUCGGGUAGAGUAGACAGAAUUUAGCCAAGUUGGACAGGGCUUCCAGUAGAUUAGACAGAAUUUAGCCAAGUUGGAAAGGGCUUCGGAUAGAGUAGAAAGAAUUUAGCCAAGUUGGAAAGGGCUUUGGGUAGAGUAGACAGAAUUUAGCCAAGUUGGAAAGGGCUUCUGGUAGAGCAGACAGAAUUUAGCCAAGUUGGAAAGGGCUUCGGGUAGAGCAGAAAGAAUUUAGCCAAGUUGGAAAGGGCUUCGGGUAGAGCAGACAGAAUUUAGCCAAGUUGGAAAGGGCUUCGGGUAGAGCAGAAAGAAUUUAGCCAAGUUGGAAAGGGCUUCGGGUAGAGUAGACAGAAUUUAGCCAAGUUGGAAAGGGCUUCGGGUAGAGUAGACAGAAUUUAGCCAAGUUGGAAAGGGCUUCGGGUAGAGUAGACAGAAUUUAGCCAAGUUGGAAAGGGCUUCGGGUAGAGUAGACAGAAUUUAGCCAAGUUGGAAAGGGCUUCGGGUAGAGUAGACAGAAUUUAGCCAAGUUGGAAAGGGCUUCGGGUAGAGUAGACAGAAUUUAGCCAAGUUGGAAAGGGCUUCGGGUAGAGUAGACAGAAUUUAGCCAAGUUGGAAAGGGCUUCGGGUAGAGUAGACAGAAUUUAGCCAAGUUGGAAAGAGCUUCGGCUAGAGUAGACAGAAUUUAGCCAAGUUGGAAAGGGCUUCGGGUAGAGUAGACAGAAUUUAGCCAAGUUGGAAAGAGCUUCGGGUAGAGUAAACAGAAUUUAGCCAAGUUGGAAAGAGCUUCGGCUAGAGUAGACAGAAUUUAGCCAAGUUGGAAAGAGCUUCGGGUAGAGUAAACAGAAUUUAGCCAAGCUGGAAAGGGCUUUGGGUAGAGCAGAAAGAAUUUAGCCAAGUUGGAAAGAGCUUCGGCUAGAGUAGACAGAAUUUAGCCAAGUUGGAAAGAGCUUCGGGUAGGGUAGAGAGAAUUUAGCCAAGUUGGAAAGGGCUACGGGUAGAGUAGACAGAAUUUAGCCAAGCUGGAAAGGGCUUUGGGUAGAGCAGAAAGAAUUUAGCCAAGUUGGAAAGGGCUACGGGUAGAGUAGACAGAAUUUAGCCAAGUUGGAAAGGGCUUUGGGUAGAGCAGAAAGAAUUUAGCCAAGUUGGAAAGGGCUACGGGUAGAGUAGACAGAAUUUAGCCAAGUUAGACAGGGCUUCGGGUUGAACACCCGUUACUUUUGAAGUACACAUUCCGUGACCCAUCAAAAAUAUAAGGAAUAAAUAACCUAAUGUAUAGUGUAAAGGAAUGCAUGAGCUAGUGUAACUAGUGUACAAUAUCAGUAUUUGUCACGCUCAACGCCUAAGCACAGCUGCUUACUAAUACAGUGAAAACAAUUACCAAGUCACACAAUGAAUCACAAAUGUAGUUAUUUUAAUGACAAUACACUUGUUUUAUCUGAAUGUUACACGACGUAAAAUACAUAAAUUAAUCACUUUAUAAAGAAUCUUUGUUAGCAAAACGAAUAAAAGUCAGAACACCUUG